ACGCGUAAAGAGAUAAACCCGAAUUUGUCCACUUCACCAUCCUAUUGAGUAGUCCAGUUGGAGUUGGGAGGACUAAACAAUCCAAACAAUAGCCGAAGGAACACCACCUUCGGCUAUAAAGGCCAUAAAAGUUCCUGGCUGGAAAGUAGUUUGCGUUAGCUAUGACCGAGCCCAUGACGGAGAAAUACAAGAGAAUUCCAAUUUCAAUUCAUUAUUCAUCACUUCCAAUCCAAACAACCCUUCUCUCUCCGCUUCUCCAUCUCUUCACUAUUUCGCCUUUUCUUCUAUUCACUAUAUAGCCCUCUCAAAAAUCUCUCUGUGAAAAUGAUUUUGGCUUCACAGAGGAGAAAACUCUGAUGAUCAUCAGCCAUUCAAUUUCAGGUUUGGGCAAUCGGAAACUAGGCUCACGCACCCACCACCCUCCCUCAUGUUUCCGAUUAGUCUGUUUCUGUUGUUAUUGGUGACUAUUGUUGGGUUAUAUCUCCUUGUUCGAUUGUUUUUGUAUCGAACUGCUUUAAUUUUGGUUGUGAAGAAAUGGGUGCACUGGGUAGAAGAUGGAAUACACGUCCACCAGACCUUCAAAGUUCCUGAAUUCAACGACAAUGUCCAAGAGAAUCAAUUCUAUCGGCAAGUUUUCACUUACCUCAAUUCUUUGGCUUCGAUUGAAGACUCCGACUUCACCAACCUCUUCUCCGGCAAAAAAUCCAACGAUAUUAUUCUCUGCCUAGACGAUAAUCAGAUUGUUCACGACACUUUUCUUGGAGCCAGAGUUUCAUGGAAAAACGAAGUCUUGAAGGGUGAAGAUGAAAAUUGCAGAAGAACUUUGUUGUUGAAUAUGAAAAAGAAAGACAAGCGGCGAAUUCUUCGACCCUAUCUUCAACAUAUUCACAACGCUGUUUCAGAUGAUUUAGAACAAAAGAGAAGAGAAUUGAAGCUUUACAUGAACGCCCAAUCUGAUCAUCGGAGCACCGGCCGUUGGAGAUCCCUUCCGUUCACACAUUCUUCUACAUUCGACACGAUGGCAAUGGAUCCAGAUCUGAAAAACAAAGUCAAGUCUGAUCUCGAAGCGUUUCUUAAAUCAAAACAGUACUAUCAUCGCCUCGGCCGUGUUUGGAAACGAAGCUAUCUUCUCUAUGGUCCCUCCGGCACCGGGAAAUCUAGCUUCGUCGCUGCCAUGGCAAAAUUUUUAAGCUACGACGUGUACGACAUCGAUCUAUCCAGAGUCUCAGACGAUUCUGACCUCAAAAUGCUUCUAUUGCAAACCUCAAACAAAUCCCUAAUCGUGAUCGAAGAUCUUGAACGGUUCGUGAAUGAGCAAUCAACAAGGGUCAGCUUAUCUGGAAUUUUGACUUUCAUGGAUGGAAUUGUGAGCUCGUGUUGUGGUGAUGAGAAAAUCAUGGUCUUCACGAUGAACGGCAAAGAACUGAUCGAUUCAUCGUUGUUAAGGCCUGGAAGAAUCGAUGUCCAUAUAUAUUUUCCGUUAUGCAGUUUCAAUUCUUUCAAGACUUUAGCGAAUAGCUAUUUAGGAAUUAGGGACCACAAAUUGUUCCCACAAGUGGAGGAGAUCUUUCAGAGCGGAGCGACGAUGAGUCCGGCGGAGAUCGGAGAGAUCUUGAUAGUCAACCGGAGCUCACCGAGCAGAGCUCUGAAGUCGGUGAUCACGGCGUUGCAAACCGGUGAUGGCAGGGGCAGCGGUAAGAUCGGACGGCGGAUGACGGAGAACUGUUCGUCGAGGCCGGCGGCGGGAGAGUCGGACGGUGAAUCGGGUGGCGUGUUUUGGAAUCACAAGGACUCUGUCCCCGUGGCGAAGGAGUUUCGGAAGUUGUACGGUAUACUGAGGUUGAGGAGCAAUAAAAAAACAGGGCCGUCUGAUCAUGAUUCCGAGAUGAUGGAACGGUGACGCCACAGGAAAAAAUUGUGUAGGUGUCAAAUUGAAAGAGCUAAGGCUAUUGGUUGGUUAGUCCAUGUAAAUUUUGCUUGGUCUUGUUUUUUUGCUUUUCUUUUCAAAGUUUGUUUUUUGAACAAUGCUCCGCAGAUUUAAAAAAUUAAUUUAAAAAUUAACUUGAUGAUGUAAUUUUUUUUUUUAUAACCAUUUUUGUUCUUGCAUUGGAGUUGUGGGGCUGCAGAUGAAAGCACUUAGUUUGGG